AUGGCCAAUCAACCCGCAACCUCGGUCACCCUCGGCCAACACUUCUCUAAAAAAAACGUGGGUAGGAGGACCGACAAGUGCCAAGUGUCGCCGCUGGUGGGAUACGCGUUGUACCAACCUUGUCUCUCUUGGGCUCGGGAGAUUCGAAAGCAACAGGGUAUAACAGAAGCUUAUCUCAGCCACAAGUCCUUCACGCUGCUUGAGUCGGGCAACGACACGCCUGCUCAGUCUCAAGGCGUGAGACCCAUGAACGACGACUCAGAGCCAGAAUGCUAUACAGACACCACUACCUCUACUACUAAGCCAGAAAAGUUUCAUGUCGACACUGAGAGCCUGAAGCUCGUGUUGAAACCAGAUUUGGCACAGUGCUGGGAAGACAUGGCUUCUCGAGACCAAAUCGGCUCUCUCCACAAAGGAACAGCAGGCGGCCAGGACACCGCGAGCUGUGAUCUUGGAAUUUGA